ACAGAACAUUGCAUUGUGGGAUUGAGAAGCGAUUGGCAUAGCUACAGGAGAGUCCACAGAUUUUAUGUUUCAAGAGUUUUCUACGACAUCGGCAGUAGAAAACAGGAAUUUGGUUUGGGAAUAGGGCUUUCAAAGUACAGUAAUGAACGGGGCAGUGGUCAAAAAGACCCAAGACACCCUGGGAAAGGUGAUUAGAAAACCACCUCUCACAGAGAAGCUGCUCAACAAACCGCCGUUUCGUUACCUGCACGACAUACUCAGUGAGGUGAUACGGACUACUGGUUUCUUGAAAGGACUGUACAUUGAGUCAGAGAUGAAGUCAGAUAAUGUAAAGGAGAAAGAUUCCAAAAUUGCAUUCCUCCAGAAGGCCAUAGAUGUGGUGAUGCUGGUCAGCGGGGAGCCUCUGUCAGUCAAACCAGCGCGCAUCGUAGCUGGACACGAGCCUGAAAAGACCAAUGAGCUGCUGCAGGCCAUUGGCAAGUGCUGCCUCAACAAGUUAAACAGUGACGAAGCUGUGAAGCGCGUCUUGUCGGGGGAGAAGGUGGAUCUCAAAAGCAAACCUUCCUCUUCGUCUAAAUCUCAGGACAAGGAAAACCGAGAGGGCCGUGAUCGCCAUAGAGACAGAGAGGAGAGGAAGGAGAUCAAAGAGAGCAGCCAGAGCAGAGCCCCCAAAGACCCGGACCAGCCCAGAGAGCAGGAGGGCCGGAGGCCGGAGAAGGAGAGACACCGGGAAGGAGAGCGGUCAGAGAAGGGGCGCGAGAGGGACCGGACGAAAGAGCGCGACCGAGACAAGGACAAGAGCCGGGAGCGGGACAAAGACAGGGCGCGAGACAAGGACAAGGAGCGAGAGAGAGAGAGAGACAGAGAGAAGGAGAGAGAGCGAGACAAGGAGCAGGAGCGCGAGGUCAAGGCCAGAGAGCGCGGAGACGUGCCAAAAGAGCGGGAGCGCCGACGAGAGCGGGACAGAGAGCGCGAGCGCCACAAGGACACCGAGGAGAAGGCGAGGGACAGGAGCGAGCGGAAGGUGAAGGCAGCAGAGGAGUCCCGACCAAAACCCCAUCCUGAGGAACCCAGCAAAACUCGCAAGCCAGCGCCUGAAGAGAGCUCACAAAUGCCAGAGUCAGAAUCAGAAGAGCCAACAGAGGUCUCUGAAAACCAGAGCCCCGCCAGGAUACCAAGGCCAUCAUCAGCCAAAGGACAGAGACGCUGGCCCAAAGCAGGAGGUCCAGAUGAGUCAGACAGUGAAGGAGAAGCUCCUGCAGCCGAGAGGCCAGUGCCGUUAGAGAAUGGAGACACAACAGAUGCUGGACCUCCUCACGCUGCGCACAGGAGAAUACCUCGGCCCAACAGUGCCCGGCCUGCACCGCCCCGAGUGAAGAGGCAAGAGAGCUACACUGAAGUGCCCCCUGCUGAGAGACUGGGCAGUGCCAAGGCGGCGCCCGGUGUGAUCAUGGAGGGGAAGAAGCUGUCUGAGGAUGAGGACGAGGAUGACGAACAGUUUGUUGUGGAAGAAGCAGCUCCUGUCCCAUCUGACGUGUCUGAUAUGCCUGUAGAGGCUUCUGUUGAGCUUCAGGGUGAUGAAAAUCAUGGCGGUCUUGUGAAGAAGAUCCUGGAAACAAAGAAAGACUUUGAAACUACUCCAUCAUCUCCAAAGUCAAAUCAGGAGCGGACGCUGGUGUCCGAGGCGGCGAGGCGGAAGGAGCGGGAGCUGGUGGCGCGGGAGAUCGAGCGGCUGCGCUCGUCUAUCCAGACUGUGUGCCGGAGCGCCCUGCCGCUGGGCAAGAUCAUGGACUACAUCCAGGAGGACAUGGACGCCAUGCAGAACGAGCUCCAGGUCUGGCGCCGCGAGAACAAGGAGCAUGCCCAGGCACUGCUGCAGGAGCAGAAGAUCACGGACAGUGCUGUGGAACCGCUGAAGGCUGAGCUGUCCGAACUGGAGCAGCUAAUCCGGGACCAGCAGGACAAAAUCUGUGCCGUCAAGUCCAAUAUCCUCAGGAACGAGGAGAAGAUCCAGAAGAUGGUGUUGAGCAUCAACUUCUCCUCACAGACGUGAGACGAGCAAAUAAACAGAAAGAACAGUAAUAACAAAAGGAAAAGAACAGAAAAAAAUGCACUGAACCCCACUAGGUGUCUCUCUUAAUUUAGCAUUGCCCAUGUCCUUUGUUGUGAUGGCCAUGUCAGAAUUGCACUUUUUCAGUGAGCACCAUGGUUGUGCUGCAGACCAUCGUUGUCUCACUGUCUAUUGAGAUGCCUUCCGUGAGGGACAGAGUCCCUCCAGCUCUGUGGCUGUGAUGGUGAAUAGACAUAGAAAGACACACCGGCACUGUGUACAGAUAGCCUCUCCUGGUACAUUUCACAUCCAUUUGCACACUUUAUUAAAAACGAAAACCCUAACUGAAUUAAUAUCUAUAUGUUGUUGUAUAUCAAGAUAUUAAUAUACAACAGACCACACAGGGUCGCCUGACCAUUCCGUUCACCUCUUAGAUUUCUCCUCAAAGCUCAUGAUAUAGCAAUAUACAUGUGCUGUAAAGCGCAGACAUGCCAAAACCAGUAAAUACACUAAUGCUCUCCAGUAGAGCACCAUUGCACUUUGAUAUAACCCACUUCCUGGAUGGUUACGAGUGAGCAUAAUAUAGUUAUAAGGGGAAACUAAGAAUUGACAUGAUCUAAAAAAUGAUUUGUCUGGAGCACAUUAAUUGUAGUAGUUUUGUGAACUUAAGUCCACCACCAGUCCAUUUCAGUUUUGAGGAUAUAAAACUUGUUUCCCAUUCUGCACAGCUUUGAUGUCGUCUUGUAGUGAUUUUGAUUCUGAAUCCGCUGAAGGCUUUUUGUACUUUUUUGCAAAAGAAAACCAACCCAUCCCACCCCCUCCCCCUAGUGGACAAACUGUGUUCUAUUUUUGUAUACAUCUAAAUUACUUAAAAGAAUAUAAAAAUGAAACAAAGCAAUAUUCUAUUUCAAUUUUAGGAUCAAUAAAGGUGAGUUUAGCUGAUCUUGCAUUUAUAGUCUGUCAUGGUUCAUUGUCCAUAUUCUAGAACCAUUCAAUUCAUACAUCAGAGACAGCUUCACAUCCUAAACUAAGAUACACCCAUAAGCUCUUUCUGCAAUUUCAUCGUAUUUUACAAUAUCAGGUGAAUGUAGUCUAAACCAUU